AUGGCUAGGGGUGAAGGAGGAGGUGGUGGUGGUGGUAACAAUGGAGGUUAUGGAGCUGGUUCUGGGUCUGCUGUAGGUAAUGGAAACACUGUUGGCUUCUAUGGUGGUGGAUUUUCAGGUGCUGGAGGUAGUGGCGGUGGGGGUGGCCAAGGAGGCGGUCCCCUCAAUGGUGAUGGUUCCGGUUCAGGAUCAGGAAGAGGCAUAGGGUCAGGUAAUGUCUAUGGCCCCCGUGGUGGAAGCUCAGCGAAUGGUGGGGGAGGUGGCGGCGGCUCAGCUGGUGGUCGUGAUGGUGGGUAUGCUAGAGGCUAUGGAGGUGCAUCCGGAUCUGGCUCUGGCCAGGGUGGUCAAUCCUAA